AUGGCUGACGGCAUAACCACCAAAUCUGAGCUCGAACAGGCUCGUGCAGAAGAGAUGGAACAAACAGGAGACAACAUCGCUAGAGUUAAUAGUAUCCGGUCUACACAUCCGGACAAGCCUCAAGAGGAUGGAAUUUAUGCACAAGCACUUGCACAAUAUCCAACCGACGACUCGAUCGACCCAAUCUUGGAAAAGAAGGUUAGAAGAAAACUGGACCGACUUAUCAUUCCCGUUCUUGGAGUUUGCUACUUCUUCUAUUAUGUCGACAAGACCACACUUUCAUAUGCUGCAAUCUUUGGGCUAAGAGAUGACCUCAGCUUGAAAGGAGACGAAUACUCUUGGCUUUCCAGCAGUUUCUACUUCGGCUGGCUUGUCUGGGCCAUCCCCUCGAACCUCUUGAUGCAACGCAGCCCCCCUGGAUAUUACUUGGCCUUCAACAUCUUCAUGUGGGGUGCUCUCCUCAUGACACAAGCUGCAGCAAACAAUUUUGCUGGUCUUCUUGCUCUAAGAAUCCUCUCUGGUGCAUUUGAGGCCAUCGCUGAUCCAGCCUUCAUGCUCAUUACCUCGAUGUAUUUCACGCGAGAGGAGCAACCAAGUAGAAUUUCAGCUUGGUAUGCUUUCAAUGGCGUUGGGGUUGCUGGUGGAGGUCUGAUCGGCUAUGCUAUUGGUAACAUCCGAGGGGCACUUCAGUCCUGGCGGUAUGAGUUCCUUGUUGUCGGUGCCUUUUGUUCCGCUUGGGCUAUUGCUCUUGUCCUGCUGCUACCGAAUUCACCCCGUACUAUUCGGGGUUUCUCACACGACGAGAAACUCGUCAUGAUCGCCCGAAUGCGACGCAACCAGACAGGAAUCGAGCAACGCAGAAUUAACUGGGGGCAAAUCAAGGAAGCCUAUCUUGACUAUAAGACAUGGCUUUUCACAUUGCUUGGUUUUGUGUCUAACGUUCCCAAUGGCGGCAUUUCCAACUUUUCGACACUUGUCAUUAAAGGACUUGGCUUUGAUACUUUGCACACUGCUCUCUUGGGUAUCCCCCAAGGUGCUCUCGUUGUCAUCUGGAUUGGUUUAGGUGCUUUAGCGAACAAGUACAUGCCACCCAACAGCCGUACACUUGUCAGCGCCAUCUUUAUGAUCCCAACUAUUGCUGGUGCACUUGGUUUUCUUCUUGCUCCUGCGGAUGCAUAUGUUGGUCGUUUGAUUUGCUUCUAUCUUACUGGAUCAUAUCAAGCAUCCUUUGUUAUCUGCUUAUCCCUUAUCACCUCAAACACUGGUGGUCAGUCCAAGAAAAUGAUUGUUUCUGGAAUGAUCUGGUUCGGCGCCUGCAUUGGAAACAUUGCAAGUCCAUUUUUCUAUCGUUCCGAACAGGCGCCUACGUACCCCCUUGGUAUCGGCUCACUGCUUGUCGCCAACUGCAUAGAGUUUGUUCUUUUCUUUGUCUUUAGAUACGCUUUCAAGUGGGAGAACAAGAAGAAAGAAAAGCAACGCGAGGCUUUGCGUGCAGCAGGCCAUGACAUUACUGCGAAUGCAACCGCUUUCACAGACAUGACGGACAAGGAGAACCCCAAUUUUGAAUAUGUUUACUAG